AUGCAUUCCUUGCUGAGAAACUGUAUUUCACCGCUCACGGCGACAGGGAAUGGACUCUCCGUUCAGCUGCGUACGGUGGCAAGCAAACCGCGGACGGCGGUGGUGAUGCUCAAUAUGGGAGGCCCACAGAGCACGGAUCAGGUACACGAUUACCUGCAUCGUAUCAUGACCGAUCGUGACAUGAUUCAGUUGCCCGUGCAAAGCAAACUUGGUCCGUGGAUUGCGAAGCGGCGCACGCCGGAGGUACAGAAAAAGUACUCAGAAAUUGGCGGUGGUUCGCCGAUUCUAAAGUGGACCAACUUGCAGGGUGAGCUAAUGUGCAAGGAGUUGGACAAAGUGUCGCCCGAAACGGCCCCUCAUAAGCACUACGUCGCCUUCCGGUACGUAAACCCACUGACCGAGGACACAUUCCGUGAGGUGGAGCGCGAUCAGCCGGAGCGGAUCGUACUGUUCUCACAGUACCCGCAGUACAGUUGCGCGACAUCCGGUUCAAGCUUUAAUGCCAUCUUCACGCACUACAAAGCCAACCCAUCGGCCAGCUUAGGGAAGGCGCGUUGGAGCAUCAUCGAUCGGUGGGGAACGCAUCCGCUGCUAGCUCGAACGUUUGCCGAGAACAUUCGCAAGGAGCUGGACAAGUUUCCGGCCGACAAGCGGAAGGAUGUGGUGGUGCUCUUCUCCGCACACUCGCUGCCACUGCGGGCCGUCAAUAGGGGUGAUGCGUACCCGUCGGAAGUAGGGGCCACCGUUCAGAACGUGAUGCAAGAGCUCGGAUGGUCCCAACCGUACUGCCUCGUGUGGCAGUCGAAAGUGGGGCCCCUACCGUGGCUGGAACCGUUCACCGAGGAUGCCAUCAAGGGCUACGUGAAGCAGGGCAAGAAGAACUUUAUCCUCGUGCCGAUCGCGUUCGUUAAUGAACAUAUCGAGACGCUGCACGAACUCGACAUCGAGUACUGCCAGGAACUGGCUCACGAGGUCGGCGCAGAGAAGAUUGGCCGGGCUGCCGCACCGAAUGAUCAUCCGCUGUUUAUCGAAGCACUGGCCGACGUGGUGCGCAAUCAUCUUGCCAGUAGUGUCCCGGUCGGUCCCAAGUUUCUACUGCGCUGUCCAGCGUGCGUUAAUCAGAAGUGCACCGUCAGCAAACAGUGGUACAAGGAGUUGUGCAAUUAAUCCGCGAGCGCACGGGGCUGGCCUCGGUGCGACGGGAGUUGUGGUACGAGUGAUAGUGGGAA